ACUCCUCCUCUCACAAUACGAAGCCGGCGAUCGUUUUGAGACCUCAAUUCUCGCCUCCACUCUCGUUCUUCAUAUUUCGUGCUAAGAGCUAUAAUGGGUAAGGAAAAGUCCCACAUCAACAUUGUGGUCAUUGGCCACGUCGACUCUGGCAAGUCGACCACCACUGGUCACUUGAUCUACAAGCUUGGUGGUAUUGACAAGCGUGUGAUCGAGAGGUUUGAGAAGGAGGCUGCUGAGAUGAACAAGAGGUCAUUCAAGUAUGCCUGGGUGUUGGACAAGCUCAAGGCUGAGCGUGAGCGUGGUAUCACCAUUGAUAUUGCCUUGUGGAAGUUUGAGACCACCAAGUACUACUGCACUGUCAUCGAUGCUCCUGGACAUCGUGAUUUCAUCAAGAACAUGAUUACUGGAACCUCUCAGGCUGAUUGUGCUGUCCUCAUCAUUGACUCCACCACUGGUGGGUUUGAGGCUGGUAUCUCAAAGGAUGGGCAGACCCGUGAGCAUGCUCUCCUUGCUUUCACUCUUGGUGUCAAGCAGAUGAUCUGUUGCUGUAACAAGAUGGAUGCCACCACCCCCAAGUACUCAAAGGCAAGGUAUGAUGAAAUCGUGAAGGAGGUCUCUUCCUACCUGAAGAAGGUUGGAUACAACCCAGAGAAGAUUGCCUUUGUUCCCAUUUCUGGAUUCGAGGGUGACAACAUGAUUGACAGAUCCACCAACCUUGACUGGUACAAGGGUCCUACCCUCCUUGAGGCUCUUGACCAGAUCAACGAGCCAAAGAGGCCCUCAGACAAGCCCCUCCGUCUCCCACUCCAGGAUGUGUACAAGAUUGGUGGCAUUGGAACUGUGCCUGUGGGACGUGUUGAGACUGGUGUCAUCAAGCCUGGUAUGGUUGUGACCUUUGGUCCCAGUGGUCUGACCACUGAAGUCAAGUCUGUUGAGAUGCACCAUGAAGCUCUCCCUGAGGCUCUUCCUGGUGACAAUGUCGGGUUCAAUGUGAAGAAUGUCGCUGUCAAGGAUCUCAAGCGUGGUUAUGUUGCCUCCAACUCCAAGGAUGACCCUGCCAAGGAAGCUGCUAACUUCACCUCACAGGUCAUCAUCAUGAACCACCCUGGCCAGAUUGGAAAUGGAUAUGCUCCGGUUCUUGACUGCCAUACCUCCCACAUUGCUGUGAAGUUUGGUGAGAUUUUGACCAAGAUUGACAGGCGGUCUGGUAAGGAGCUUGAGAAGGAGCCCAAGUUCUUGAAGAAUGGUGAUGCCGGUAUGGUUAAGAUGCUUCCCACCAAGCCCAUGGUUGUCGAGACCUUCUCUGAGUACCCACCUCUUGGUCGUUUUGCUGUGAGGGACAUGCGCCAAACUGUUGCUGUUGGAGUCAUCAAGAAUGUGGAGAAGAAGGAUCCAUCUGGUGCCAAGGUGACCAAGUCUGCUGCCAAGAAGAAGUGAACCGUCAUGGUCUCCCCCAAGAUUUCCAUAGUCUUUCUCAAUAAAAAAAAAUUUCUUGAAAAUUCUAUCAAGGUUUCUUUUGCUAGUAUGUUGAGUCGGUUUAUAGGUCUUAGUUUGUUGCCAUCGUUGUUAGGUGUUCAUUCCCAGAAUUGGGUGCUUGACAGGCGGUGGCGCAAGAGUAUGUAGGUGCUUUUGGUUUCGCCAAAGGUGGCUAAGAAUUGUGUGGUUUAUCUGGAUUUUUAAGAACUAAAUUUUAAUUUUAUUUCGUAGU